AUGUUUAAAGAGAGGAGCGUCACUCAGUCUUCCCUUUUCCAAGCUUGGUUAGCUUUCGUGCCGGUCACUGUUUCCCUCUCGUUCCUCAGCUGCCAAGAAGGGAACCAGUACUUCUCUCAGGGAGAAUGGGAACGAGCCAUCACCUGCUUCACCAAGGCCCUGAAUCUGGAUCCUAAGAAGGGGGAGCUCUAUGAACAGAAGGCCGAGGCUUUCCUCCAGCUCUGCGACUUCCAGUCUGCCAUGAUGCACCUCCGGAAGGCCUACUCCAUGUCCUCGCGGAAGGAGAGCAUCACCGCCCGCCUUGCCUUCAUUUCCCAAUUGCAGGGCCAGUGUCUCUAUGAGCAGAGUUGCUACUUAGAGGCCUUAGUGUCCUUCACCCGCGCCUCGGAGCUGCAGCCUCAGAAUAAGAUUUUCCGCAUGAGGAGCAUUGCCUGCCUGGCGGCCAUGAAACGGUUCAACGAUUGCCUCCAGAUGGUCAACGAAGAGGUCGCUCAGGAGAAGAACCCGGACCUCUUUGUCCUGAGGGCUCGGCUCUAUGAGCAUUUCGGGAAGGUGACCUUGUGUUUCCAUAACCUGCAAGAUGCUCUUGCGUUAGAACCAGAGCAUGUCGAAGCUCGGGUGAUGUUGAGCAACUUGAAGAGGGAAGCCCAGCGAUCCAGGGACCAAGCUGUGACCAAAGCAGUGAAGGGAAACCUGAAAGCCGCCUUGCUGAAGAUCAAUCGGGCCAUUGAUUACAACCCUGCAGAGGCCAAUUACUUCCUCUUCAGAGGAAGCAUCCUGAGGCGGCUGAAGGACUUCAACGCUGCCAUUGAUGACUACCUCAAAGCCGUGAGCCUCAGCAAGGAAGAUGGUGAGGAGGUGCGCGCUGAAGCACAGAAGCAGGUGCUCCUGACCUACAACGACUUUGCCGUACAUUGCUACACCAAGACCUGCUACAGAGAGGCCAUUCUCCUCCUCAACAAGGCCAUCAAGGGGGAGAAGAACGAGAAGGGGCUCUACAUGAACAGAGGAGACUGCUUCCUCCAACUGGGCGAGCUGAACUUUGCGAUGGCGGACUACCAGCAAGCCCUGGAGCUCCGGCCUCUUGACCCUUUGCUGCGGAAACGCAUUGCUUGGCUGCACAACGAGAUGGGGCUUCGGGAGUUCCAGGAGAGUAUUCCACCCAAUAAGUACUGCUCUCGGCCUGUUCUCCCUUUCAGGCGAUACCUGCAGGCAGAAUCAUAUUUCUCUCAAGCCAUCGAGAACAACCCUCGCCAGCUCAAGUAUUACCUGCAUCGGGCCAAGAGCCGCAUGUUUCUGCAGGAGGUGAUGGGCGCUAAGGAAGAUCUUGUGACAGCCCUUCUUCUGGAUCCGGCCUGGGCAGAGGUAUUUCCUAAACAAGCAUCUUUUGUAACACUGUCAGCUACUCAGAAUGGUGGGAAAGAAAAUGGGCACAAAAGUGAAUUGAGAACCACAAGACAGAAGGACAUCUUUAGAAGAUAA